CAAAAUUUUUGAAGUCAUAAUUUAUAGCUCGCUCCAAUCAACGUAUUGAGGAUUCAGCCCAAAUAGUAAGCAACACUGGUCAUCAUGAUCAGAAUUUCGAGUUUGUAUCAGUGUCGGAUUCUCCGUAAGGAGAAUUACUUUUUCUUGUCAGUUUGAGACUUCAAAUAGUUUCAUUUUCAGUACAAAGAAAUCAAAAAAAAUAAGUAAACAUUGAUAAAAAUGAAUGAAACUUGUAGUAAAAUCGUGAAAUACUAGUUAAGAUAGUAUUUAUAAGAAGAUAAUCCCUGUUUACAAUGGAAGAAGAGAUAAGGUGCUUUGUUUGUAAAGAGUUUUAUAAAGAACCAGUGCUACUUCCAUGCGGACAUGCAUUAUGUCGAGCUUGUGCGGUAAAUUUACAAAUUCAUGUUCAUGAAGGCGACAACGUCGCAGGAGCCAACGACUAUCAAGAAGCAGACAAAGCUUCGGUGUCAAGCGAGACGGACAGCGGUGUAGUAUGUGGAUCAAGGCCUAACAGUUACGCGGGAACCCCGGCCGCACCCGCCUAUCCGGCUGCCGUGUUCAGUAUAACGUGUCCGUUAUGUAGCAAGUUGGUUUAUUUAGACGACAAUGGUGCUGAAGGCUUACCCCCAUUCCGCGUUAUGCGAACGAUCGUGGAGCGUUUUGGCGGAGUGAGCGGUGCCCCGCCGGCCGAGGAGGCAUGCCAAAUGUGCGAGGGCGAGCGCCGAGCAGCGGUGGUACGCUGCGAGCAGUGCUCGGUCCGUUACUGUGCGGGUUGCCGCGACGCCUGGCACCCCACUCGUGGGCCCCUCGCGCAACACGAGCUUAGGGCCCUGGGGACCACUUGCGCCGAUCAUGGCUGCCCACCAGUGCUCUACUGCAACACUUGCCUGAUACCCAUUUGCCAACGUUGCCUUGGUGAAAGGCACUCUCCACAUGAAACACAACCCUUGAACACUGCAGCUAGAGCCCAUAAGACUGAACUAUCACAAUCACUUCAUCAAUUGUCAGAACAAGCCAAAGCCAUGACUGAGUAUAUACAACGAGUUAAAGGAUCAGGAGACAAAAUUAAUGAAUCAUGCGAAGAGUUAGAAAAACAAAUCAAUCAAUCAUGCGCGGAGGUGACCCGCGCGGUAGAACGGCGCCGGGACGAGCUGAUCCGCGCGGCUCGCAACACUCGUUCGCAGGCUGUUGCAAACAUGCGCUCGCUGACGUCGCAUGCUGCACAGAAACUCCGGGAGGCGACUGCGCUGCUACACUUUUCUAUUGAGGCUUUAAAAGAAUGCGACAAUGCAGCUUUUCUUCAAGUAGGACACAUCCUGUCGGCGCGAGCGCAAGAGACGGCUACAAACUUGUGCUCGUCGCUCGAGCCUCCGCCCUCUCCGCCUGCACUUACGCUGGAUACCGAGCCAGUAAUUAGAACUGUCAAAACUAUGAACUUCAUCGAAUGCAUACCGCCGGGCGCGCCGGGCAUGGCGCUGGAGGCGUGCGCGGCGCGCGGCUGCUCGUGCACGCUGGCGUGGCGCGCGCCGCCCGCGCCGCACGCCGUGCGCGGCUACGUGCUCGAGCUCGACGACGGGCUCGGCGGACCCUUCCGGGAAGUAUACUGCGGACGGGAGACAGUUUGCACGGUGGACGGGCUCCACUACGCGUCGCUCUACAGUGCUCGCGUCAAGGCCUUCAACGGCGCUGGAGAGGGCCCCUACAGCGAAGUGAUCGGCCUACAGACAUCACCGGUGGCAUGGUUCACGUGGGACGCGCGGUGCGGCGAGGCGGAGGGCGGCGUGUCGGUGUCGGCGGACGGGCUGAGCGCGGCGGCGGCGGGCUGGCAGCCGCGCGUGCUGCUCGCCGACCAGCCGCUGGCACGCGGCCUGCACUACUGGCGCCUGCGCCUCGACCGCUACGACGCCGACGCCGAUCCGGCAUUCGGCAUCGCGCGCGCUGACGUCUCGCGCGACAAGAUGCUCGGCAGCGACGCGCUGGGCUGGGCGAUGUACAUCGACGGGUCGCGGUCGUGGUUCGUGCACGGCGGCGCGCACGGCGGACGCACGGCGGGCGGGAUCGCGCGCGGCGCCUGCGUGGGCGUGUUGCUCGACCUGGCGCGCGGCACGCUGCGCUUCACCGUCGACGACCGCCCGCAGGGCGACAUAGCGUUCACGGGGCUGCGCGGCGCGUUCUACCCGGCGGUGUCGCUGAACCGCGGCGUGGCCAUCACGCUGCAGCCGGGCCUGCCGCCGCCGCCCGACCUGCUCAUGGCGCAGCUCGCCAUCGAAUGACUGACUCAUCCGCCUAACUAGACAACACUUUAAGUACUUACGAUCCCGCCCAUUUCCAUUCGGAAUCAAAAUUAAACUAGUCGUAGAAUUGAAAAUCAAAUAGACAUCAUAUUAUACACAUUUAUUUUAUUGUAAUUUGCUUACAUUGUAUACUGAUAAUAGUGUCAAUAAAUGUAAAUGCAAACAAGAGUACUGACAUUCGAUAAGAUGAUUUAAUGUAUUCCAAUUAGUAAAUUAUGAAUUAGUAUCAGGCAGUAUCUUUUCCUAGGUUAAGCAAUAGUCCGAAUUCAAUGAUAUAAAAUCUAAGAUUUUUGUAGUAUUACGAUAUUAACCCAUCCAUACCACUAAGCAUGGAUUUAAUCUUUGUGUAUAAUGACGUGUAAUGUUUUACAUUUAGCUUACAUGAAAUAACUGCAUAAGUUGCAUUGUAUAGAUCGGUACUCUGUCGCAAAUAAUGCAAUAAAGUAACGAAUUUAUGUACUACCUAUCGAAAAUAUCUAUGUACCGUACCAGUUUAUGCGUACUACUAUCGCGUUAACCUUUUAUACGAAGUUACUACAGCCACUUCCUUAACGCGCCCGCACCGACGCGUCAGCGGCGUUGUGUAAACAGUCUCAGCGCUAGUGAAACUCCGACGGCGACGCUGUAUCACGGAAUAGGGACAUCUAUCUUUCUUGCCAGUAACUGCUGCUACCUCCGCCUACACACCCUGCAUUUCCUCAAUUGGGUAUACAAUUAACUAAAACGAAUCUACAGUUAUUUUUCUAUUCUUGAUCAAUUAUUUAUUAUCCAUUACUGUUUCCACCAUGUCUUUCAACAGCCAACGCCUUCUUUCCAAGAGCCAGAUCCGUUCAUAUUCUUAAUGAUUAAUAUUGGGAAACCCGCACAAUUGUGAUAGAUGCACGGCACAGUCUAGUAAUGCCGAUCACACACACAUCCAAUAAUGUAUAGAGACUGGAUACAUAUUAUGAAGCUGCUUUUGCGCUAACAUAUUACUAUCAGAUACCGGCUUUACCACAUAGCCUCUAUGGAAGUCACCAUAAAAGUUUAUUAAAAUAAGACUCAAUAUCUUUCUUUGUUUCCAUACUGUGUCGUAUAGGGCCGCCAGGGGUCUACGGUUUCCCCAGUAAAAACUGUAUUAGUACAUAAUAAUAAUUUGAGGAUGCAUAGUGCGACCAAACACAUAGUACGGGCAAUUGUAUAGUUUUCCUUGGUUUUGUUCUCUGGCAGCAAACUGAAGUGAAGUUGUAUCUGAAUAUUAACCAAUCACAGUGCCACUUUCUAUCCUAAGCCGACGCUCUGCGUACGCUGUCUGUGUGAUAAACGGACUUUAUCACAGCACUGUUGUCUGUGGGCAAAUAAAGUUUGUGAAUUCAGCCAUUAAGCUUGCUUUUGUAUUUUUGUUAACGAUCUUAUUUACCGCAUUUUGAAAUGAAGGAUAAAUUCUGUCGGUCUACAGAUAUUUCAGAUUGUGGCACUGUGGAAUAUUAUAUUUAAUAUACUUAUUAAUAUGUUGUAACCACUCCGUAGAUUUUAAUUCAUAUAAAUGGUAAUUAUAAUAUAUUGAUUUAAUAGAUAGAAUUACGAUAAAAAUUUAUGGGGCACAGCCAGAACUGAAGCUGGAGUAUUCUACAUAAUGCAGUGCUUUUACUACCAAAAUUAAUGUAUUGGUAAUGAAAAUGAGACUAUGUAUCUAUUUGUUGACCAAUAAAUAUGAAAUGUUGAUAAUUUGCCUCACUGACGUGAGAGAAUAAUAUGAAGAAUUUUCUAAGCUAAAGUGGGCGCAUGAGGUCUAUCCAAACUUUCGCUUGAAUUAUAUAAUUACUAAAAAAAUAAGUUGGAUUUACAUCCACAUAAGACGAUUUUUUAAUUAGAAUACACCAGGUAGUUCAUAAAACGUCUCCCAAAUAAUAUUUAAUAUAUUUAAUAGGUUAAUAAACCACGACUUUUUAUAAUUUCAUUGUUACUAAAAAGUUAUGGUUACCCAAAAACGAAAAUUUUACAAAUGAUAAAAAUCGCUAAAAAAAAUAUGUUACCCAUAUUUGGCGCAAGGGAUACCUUUAGGAUGAUAGAAGAUAGAAGGCUGUCAGUGAUGCGACCGUCGCUAUAGCAAGAGCGGAUCCAGGGGAGGGGAACCAUUAGGGUCAUAAACCCCGCUCCCUGGGCUGGGUUAAGGUGACUACUGGUAAUUAUUUAACUUGUGGAUAUAUUUAAAAAAUAAAUAUUUUGUGUGAUAGCAAAUACACCCGAAAGACACGCAGAGUACUCCUAAAGGCUGUUAUUUAAUGUAUGUUCAUAGGGAAAUUGAUGACAUUGUUUGAAUAAAAUUAUUUCGAUGUUUCAAAAUAACACUAUUUCUUUUAUAAUAAGAUCUAUCUGUAAUCCAUUUGGAGUCUGUUCUGACAAGACCUCGACUAUUAGGACACCCCCCCUCUCCUCCCGCCCCUCUGACUUGAAAACUGGAUCCGCCCUUGCGCUAUAGUUCCUGUGCGACAGAUAGCUAAUUGUUUCCACUACGCGCCUACUCUUCCUCUUAUUAACCAAUAUUGUAUUGCUGCAUAAUAAAAAAUGUGUAAAAUAUUACACAUAAAAACUAGUCUAUUUCAAUUCGACACAUGCUGCUAAUAUAUUUAUUUUAACGAAUUAGGUAGGUUAAAAAAUUGUACUUAAAAUAUCAGGUAUUGAAAUAACAAUAAAUUAUACAAUUUAAAAUAAUGAAA